AUGGACUUCACGAAGAUCGUCGGCUUUGCAGAGAUCGCCACGCCGUUCUCGAUCACGCACGAAUCGCAGAAACGCCUCGACCCGGCCGCGGCGUGGAAAGCGCAGAACCACAAGGACAAAGUCGUGAUCGUCACCGGCGGCGCGACGGGCAUCGGCGGUGCCUGUGCCUCCGCGUACGCGCGCGCCGGCGCCCACCUCGUUCUCGUCGGCCGCAGGAAGGAGCGGCUCGAGGAGAAGAAGGCCGAGAUCGAGAAGGAGAUACCUGGGGCGCGCGUCGAGAUUGUCGCGGGCGAUAUCUCGAAGACUGAGGUGCCGAGGCUGGUGGUGGAGAGGGCUGUGAGCGCUUUUGGGAGGGUCGACGUUGUUAUUGCGAAUGCGGGGACGGGGACGCCGCCUAUCUAUCGUCUCGGCGAGAGCGACCCCGCCGCGUGGCGCGCGUCGAUGGAGACGAAUAUAUUCGGGACGUAUGGGCUCGUGAACGCUGCGCUGCCUGAGCUCGUCAAGACGGGCGGGCAGAUCAUCGUCACGAGUUCGUCGGCGUCGCAUUUGCGUUUCCCGUUCGGCUCGGACUAUAUUAUCAGCAAGCACGCGCUGAACAGGCUUGUUGAGCUUCUUGCCGUCGAGUACCCCGACAUCAAGUCCUACUCCGUCCAGCCCGGCGCGAUCCCGACAGAGAUGAACAUCGCCGCGCAGAAAGCCUCGGGCAUCGCUUUCCCGCACGACGACACGGUGGAGAACGCCGCGGCGUUUUAUCUCUGGCUUACGGGCCGCAACGCCGAGUUCCUCAGCGGCAGGUAUGUGGACGCUACGUGGGACGUUGAGGAGGUGCUGGCGAAGAAGGAGGAGAUUGUGAGGGACCAUCUGUUGGUGACGAAGUUGGCUGGUCCGGCGAGGAGCGCGUAG